AUGAUUCAAAUUUUAGAAGACUACAACAUUCCGAGAGUGACUUCUCCAAAUAGCCGACAGCUCGUCGACUGGACUAUUGGUCCCCUUAUUCAAAUGACUCAAAUACAUCGCGUUGAGGCUCCGAAAUCGGAGGCAAAUCCCAGAAUCACGCACGUAUCUUAUAAUCGAGAAACCUCUUCGAGAGGCCAAGCAGAACAAUCUCGUCGUUUUGCUGACGAGCACACCAAAGCCCUCAACUGUUUUAGGUCAGCUUAAACCGCAAUUUUAAAUUGAAAACGCCAAUAAGUGUGUAUUAACAACGUCCGAUGAGGCAUGUUCUUCUAUGGUUUCCGCACGUUUGCAAUUUUGAAUCCUGCAUAUCCAAUGUGAGCAUGGAGACAUGGAACGCAGCAUGACUACAAUCUAAUCAGAAGGGUUAGGAGGUUGGCCACUGUCAUUACUUCAUGAGACAUUCGUGAUUAACCUAAAGCUAUAUCCUCUGAGUUAUAGGCAGGUGUACUGGGACCUAAUGUUAACCUUCCGUAUCGCCCGCGGUUAGAACUUUGCCCUCUGGGUUAGAACUUCUUCCAAUUCGUUUUUAUAAUCACUCUGCGGGAAUAUCUAGUCAAACUAAGUGUGCCCUAAUGAGUAUUAGAUGUGAAAAAGUAUUUAUUUGCAAAUCGCUUAGUGGAACAAUGACAUAAACUGCUCGAAGGGAUUGUUAUAUUACAGUCCGCGAGUGUAUUCACGAUAGUUCGACUGUCGUUGCCGACGGUAUCCACCGUGUGCUCCACAACAAGAUGAGGCAGGGAUGGUGACUGGGACGCAAUUUAUUUUAUAAGGAAUGUGGACUUUUGCAGCACCUACCGCACUCCCUCUUCCUUCUCACCUGGGCCUGGUUUCAAGACAGAGACGAAAUGCUGUGUAUUCAUUCAUUGUCUUGCCAGUCAGAAGCUGCUGUAACGGGCGAAUUAUGUGUUAAAAUAACUUUAAAAAUAUAUGCGUAUUUGCGAAGCCAAGUCCUUUCAACUUGCCACUGUUUUUCCCUAUAUCACCGCAAAUUCUUUUGAAUGUAGUGUGUAAAUAUGAAGUUUGAAGGCGUAAGCCUGAGUUCUCUAGCAACAAGGAUAUUUUAGACAUCAAGACACAAUUCCGAAGGGUAAACCGACGUUUACAGUACUGAUGACAGCAUCUGAAGGAUGUACCAAUAGGGCAAAACAGGAGAAUUCUCUCUUCUAAAUUAAGCAUUACGCAUAUAAAAAUGUUUUCGGAACCGCUUAGAAAUUGUGUAGCUUCAAGAAAACAUCCCUUUACCCCGGAAUAGGUUUCUGAUAACCCCUGCAACCAAUUGCGAAUGGGGUGUUACGCAAUAGAGGACGACCUCCGAAUUAGUGUCUACCGCUUCAAACUGUUGCGAACAAACUGUGGGAAUGCGUGCGGUUUGAACGCUUCCAUAAUCAAUGCAAAUUCCUUGUUGGAAGGAGAAGACAGAUGGCACCAGAAUGAGAGGUUUAUUGUACACAAAACCCAUAGUUUCCCUCUCAGACGGCAGCGGACACUGGCAAAUCCAGAGCUGAUGCAUUUGCCGAGGGAUGGUGUCCCAGUGGCCUGGGUUGCAGUCGCAGGGGGAGGUGCGUUCAAGUUGCCGCAUGGGUAGCUACGACUGUGCGGACGCAGAUAUGUCCGAGGUGUUGGUCGUAUAACUUCAGGUUAUCGAGUUUGGAACGGUUCACUGCAAAAGGAUAGGUGACCUUGAGGCGGCGGGGUCUUGAACACUUAAGUCAGACCGGUCAUGAUGGCUGUCCGCUACAAAACUACCCUACAAAUGCGUGACCUCCUCAUAAGCGGAGACCACGAUUUGGCUAGGCGUGACCUUAACGCACCGAAUUUUAAAGAGUUCUCCGGAUUCUUGCACAAACCAUUUUACUCUUCAAGCAGUGCAUUCAAACGCAAAAAUAAACUAUUCUAAGACCAAAAUGCUUAAGAUUACGCCUAGAAAAUUGCCAUCGUAGUCGAAAUUUUUCGUCAUAUCGGCACCCCUGGAUGCACUGAGUACACGUCCUUGCAUAAGUAGGCCAUUUAGAUAGUGUUGAACGUGGAUUGUCUAUUGUCAUUCGGCCUAACCUAGUCCUGUUGCCUUUCGUACUGUGGUUCGUAAUUUAUUUCUUAUCCGUUGUUUAUUAUUUCUAUCUGUGUAAGUUACUGUAAUUACUUAGUGAUUCGAGGUCAAGUGAGGUGCUAUUAGGUCUAAUUGUCAAAAGAAAGUUCUCCUAUCACACUGGCAAUUCAGCGGGAAUUUAUGCCCUAAAUAUAUUGUUUUUUUAUUGUUGGUAGGAAGCAGUUGUCAAGCGUUAGGGAUCGCCCGGAGCACUUUUUACUACUGCGUACAACGUCAAAAGCGGGCUUAUUACACGGCAACUUACGAUCCUGAUCCUGUCAUUCCCUUUUUUUCGAAAGUGGCAGAGCAGUCACCAUAGUGGCAAAUGGCAUACAACCAACUUCAUGUAUAUAGAUAUUAUCAAAAUUUUUUGACAACUCAUGUAGUAUGAAACUGUUCUCUUUCAUCUGCGAACCAAUAUCGCCUUUAUCUGGCGGAACCUGCCAUGACGACCCAGAGGGGUUCUAUUAAUGAACCAUAGCCCCGAAUGACCGACCAGUACUUUUGUACAAACUUUUCGUAUACGUUUACCGUUUCUCAAUUUUCUACUAAACAUCUUUAUUUGCCAAUUUCAAUUUACUGUCUUGUGUUGUGAUAUUGUUGGUGAAUUGACAGGCAUUCCUUUGUGUUAUCAAUUGGAUUGGGAGAACCUCAUGUAGGAGGUUGCUUUUCUACAUUUAGUGUCUUCACGGUAGCCGUAAACCUCCGGCGACGGAUUCGAUAUCAAAAAUUGAAAUGGAAAGUAGUGGAAACGCGGGUCUCCUGCGAAUUUUUUCGACAAUGGGGCCAGCGGUAACACAUUCGCAAAUGCUGCGCCAUAGUGCAGUGUUCUAACCUACCAUAGCCCGGUUGCAACACUCCCAGAUAGUCUUGGCCAGAGCCCGUCAGGCAAGGCUGGUGUGAGCGGGGUGAACAGUCAGUCCUAUUGCCAUCGCAUCAUUUUCUAACAAAUUCACUAAUUUAAAACUGUUGCGAAUUAAACGGACCUAUGGAAUAAAACUACAUCAUUUCAUAAAUGCGUAGACCUUCUUGAAUAAUAAGGGUAAGAAAGGAAAGUACCGUAUGUACGGGUGUUUCAACUACCAGAGGCCGUCGUCUCUACCGUGGUAACCGGUCAGAAACUAACUCCCGUGUGCUCUCCGCCGAUUCGUAACUCGUAUGGUCGGAAGCAGCAACUAUAUAAGACAAUAAAGUUAAUUCAAUGAUGUGAAGCUGGCAAAAAUCCCGAGAAGAACUUUGGGCGGCAAAAGGAAUUCACAAGACGCUUUGGAUUAUUGACUGCUACCGGAUAUUCAGUCUAUAUUUUACCAUUCUAGCGGGGAGCAUGAAGAAAAAUGUUGCACAUCUUCGAGCGUAGAAUCUCUGUUUUUUUAUAAAGGUGUUUAACCGUAAAAAUUAUGCACACGGCAACGGAAAAAUUGAAUGAUGAGCCGUUAACGCGAAAUACGCCACAAUAGGUCACAAUAUGAUUUCCCCGUGCUACAUUCUACAGCCAAGAAGAGAUGUGCUGUGGUCUGUACCGAAUAUGACACCAAAAGUAAAUUGGAAAUUGCCUGUCGGCCAGCAGAACUUCCAGCGGGCACCUUUUGGAAGAAACAAUUAUGUGCACAUCUGCCGAACUUCGUAUUGCGCCAGAAUUGAGAACACAAACGACCAAGUCUCAAAAUAGACCAAUGAACAUUUAUGCUGAAAAAUCACAAACCUCGAGGUUGCCUGACGAAAUCAAUCAUUGACGAAAGGCAUAUGAGACCUGCCGGUUUUUUGGGGAAGUCACCGGUCGAAUGUCGAAGCGCAGUGUUAAAAUCAGCAUGCGAUAAUAUCUUCCCUUAACCGAGAAUGCGGAAAGAUGAACACACAGUGGGCCCUGCAAGCUGUGAGUGAAGCUCAAACUCGAAUUAAAUUUAUACAAUUCUUUUUGUGCAACUGAUGCGGAACACUGGCAGCAACGUGGCAUUCCCACAGCUCCAUCCCCUUCCCUUUCUUUGCAGAUUCUGACAAAAUUUGCCAGUAGAUGCUUAAAAAUCAUGAAAAAACACUCCUCUCCUAAACAUUUUUCUCAGCAUAGAUCAUUACCUAUAACUGUAUGCUUAGUUCCUGUAGGAACAAGGAGACUGUAUCCGAAGCGACGGACAAAAUUCCUAAGAGUUGCGAUGAUAUCAAAUCAGGAAAAAAGAGCAUUUUGAGGCCGCAGUGAAAUAUAUUAGUACAAUAGCUAAGCGGUGACAGAUUUUCCGAGAUUCUAUGCUGAUUUAUUUGAAUAACUUAAUGUGAACGGAUAGUUUAAAUACACUGUAUAUUUAAACGGUAUUAUAAAAGUUACGCCCUCAUCCGGCAGGGUUUGUGUUCGUAUUCCCAAUGGACCAUGUCAAAAACACCAUCACCCAUCAUGUGAACGAACUUUAUCGGAGCAUUUAGUAUACCUUAAUUGCAUCUUACCCCUUUAGCGGCCAAUCCACUAAUGACGCACAGGUGCUGUUAUUUGCGGAGCAGCUGGAGAAACAUAUAAACCCGCAUGUUUCCUCACAGGUUUUUUUUUAUUUGGGAUGACUUUUCGCCGUAGCUCAACGUUGAAAAGGCUAAACAGGUUAUCGUGGAUAACAACCCGAAUGCGGAGGCAUUCUUGACGAAAUACAAUGAGCUGAAGCUUCGCAAGUACAUCAUUCCGCUUACUUCACGCUUUCAGCAUUCGAGAACUUGACCCGUUUGUCUAUCUAUUAGCGAAAAUCAAAUGGGACACCGAUUUAUUUAACGUUAUCAACAGUGAUAGGUCGUCUAAAAACGUUGACCUCUUGUUGCAUCCGUCAGAGCGUGACGUGAGUCAUCCCCUAGCGCUCUCUUCUUAAAUUAUGCUUUCAUUGUCACAUUUUCCGCUCUUCUUCCGCCAUUAUUAUCUUGUCAGGGCUUUGAAACACCGCAACGUCCACACACUACGUGCAGUGGGGUUAAGCCGCAUACUUUUGUGCUUUCUGAGUUUUUGUUUCUACCAAUAUGUCCGAUUGCUGACGUCUUUGUGUACAAAGACUUCCGUAGCUUUUAUUAGUUGCCCAGAUCUCAAGCCGUUUCAUUCUUUUAAAAUACACCAGGAUGUCGAUCAACUCCAACGUCUUAUCCGCAGUCAGGACAAUUCAUACAACAUUUCGACUGGACCUCAGCAUGAACUGCAUACCUCAGACGACGAAAAUACAUACUACCCUACUCAUGGGCUGGAAGAUUAUGACCCGAAUGCCCAGGAAAGCUGCCUCGAACGUCUACAGGCGUUGACCAGUGGGGGGUCCGACUCCUCUAAAAAGCGGUCGAAACAGCCUUUGAAACUUCUCCCCCAGUGGAUUUACGAGCGUCCGUAUCUCUCUCUUGACUACUUCCCAAAUGAAAUUCUUACUGCAAAGGUAAGGUGUUGCUAGUUGUCCUUUUAAUGUAGCAGCUCCAGUUUCUCUAAAAACCGUCCACAAAUAAAGCUAUUUGGCUAGUUUUUUUUAAAGGGAUGUUCGGUAUGCAGCACUCCCUUGGUUCGUUUUUUGUAAUACCCGAAAUGUAUGUUAGUUCUCACAAUUCGUAGACGGGUUUUCUUUUCCAGCAAACCUCCGUACUCCCUUUGGAAACGUUGCCACUUAACGCACAGGAGAAGUUGAUCGUACAGGACAUACUAGCAUGCCUGCAGGUAGGUCUUUGUUUCCCUUCGCGUACACGCUCGUAUUUUGCCCACGAAUCGCUAAAUUUUUGAGGCUUUCUGGAACGCAAUAUCGUAAUCACCAUACAUUCUUUAUGAAUGAUCACCUAUUGCAAAUCAGCGAUUUGUUCAUUUUCGUGGAUCUUAACCGUAUUUCACAACUACACCUUUUCCCUUCUCAUUUUGCGAUCCCUUCGGUUCCACUGAACGUCGUUUGUCUGUUAAUGCCUUACGUUUUAGCACAUAUUUUCUAAAUGCUUUUGAAUUUCCUUGCUUUCAUGUUUUAUCAUAAUGGUUUAGACGUGAGGCUUUACUUGAAGAAUAGUCCUUUUUCUACCCCCUGUUUUCUGCCUAAAUUUGUCCUUGUAGGGUAAUGAUGGGGCCUAUAUUAAGGCUUUGCCUCUCAAGGAUUUUCGGAGUGUCCGGAACUUUGCUAUCGACGAGAAAAUGCGUGAGUCCUAUUUCGGUUUAUACACACAGCCUAUUUCUCAUUCAUUUAUGACUAACUAUACCGGCCACUGAAUCUGAAAGUUGCCCAUCUGCCGGUCACAUGACGCGUCGCAGUGGGCGGAUAGGAGAACGGCCUUCAUCGAAGGUUAGCUGCGAAAUAAGCGGGCUCUCGAGUCUGGCGAAUAAGCCGUAACAGGCCGGCAGCGAAAAUACUACCGGAAUGGGGGGAGCUGAGCCAACUGUCUUAUAAAAUGCCGUGAAACCGGAUUACGGCAGUGGGACAUUAAAAUGUUUACUUGUGACCGCUGUCUCUGACUAAGUUCUUGAGCCAGGGCGCUAGAAGAGACAACCUCAAACCGUUUGAGCGGCUGUUGAGGAUGCCUGUAUUCAAAAUCUCCAAAAAAUCCCCCAAAACGUCCGAUCACAGUAUUGCGACCAGUGCUACGGCAUCCAUAGGAACAGACGUGCAUCGCAACCCUGGUCCAGUGGUGCAGACAAAUAGAGUGCGAUCUGACAUAUUCAACCGCAGACGGACUCUUUAAUAUUUAAUGCUGAAAUAUGAGAACUUUCAUAAAGUAGUAUCCAAAGUCUGACGAUGCGAAGUCUUCGUUAAUAUAGCGUGGAUGUCUACUUCAUGUCGGAAGUUCGAAUCACCGACUUAUGAGCUGAGGCUUUGGGCAUAGCUCUCGAUACGACAGUGGUGGGAGAAUGCUUAACUUUGCUGGUCAGUAUCGACCCUUUGUCAUCGACGCGUUCUUUCAGCACCGCCACAAACUUUUGGUGAUCUUGUAUUCAGACGACGGUCAUAUGGCCAAUCAGAUGGACUACAUUGUAGCCGGUUCACGAUUUCGCAACUGGGUUCACGACAGCAGAUCUAUGCGGGCUUCCAAAACUGGUAACGCCUGUCCUUCACAAAUGUUUGGUGACACCAAGCUGGAGAGGUGCAAGAAGUACGUUCAGACGCACUGGUUAGGACGAACUGCCUAAUCGCACCUUAAUACGCAAUUGUGCCAGCCAUCAUUAUACGUUUUUUCUGACAUUUCAUCAAAAAUAUGUUUAAAGUAAGUGACUUGGCUCUUGUGGCACUAAUCGAAGGACAUGACACGUAAUAGAAAACCUCGCUUAUUACUUACCUUCCGCGGUCCACAGCAUCCGUCUUCAAAACUUGAUAUUGCACUACAUGGACGUGCUAGGGAUUUACUAAAGACAUCACGCCUUUCUCAUUCAUUACAGAUCCUUCCCUGUUGGACACUGUGAAGAAAAUCCUUCCGCUCUGUUCCCACUACUCCACAAUUGUUCGUUUUGUUGAAGGUGAGCUUUUGCACCUUUUGUCGCCUUUACAUCUUUGUAUGUCGGACUUAAUCUGAAAAAUUGGACCAAACUAAAUGAAGAAACCACACCAGUCAUCUGGGAAGGAAUCACCUUGUGGUGUCCCUUUGCAGUUAGGCGUUAACUGAGCUUAAUAUGUUGACGGAGGUUUAACUUCUGUGAUUUGCAAAAUAUCCUCUAAUCAGACACGUUUUCGGAACGAUCAAUUGUAUCCUUAACUAGGAGUAAGAAUUUUUUAAUAAAACAACGCAGCCAAAAGGGCAUGUUUGACGGUAAUUACCCUGCAUCAAUAUCACCCUUUUGUUUCGUAUCUUCCUUGUCGACAGAAUUAUUGUUCCCUUUUUCAUUGCACAGCACGCUUGCAGACCAUGUUUAUCUGGUAUUCAGACUUCAUUUCCAUUCUAAAGCAUCCGACUGAACUAGCCGAUGUGCUUUUGUGGCCUCUUUUUUUAUCGCUGCCCGACUACGAGCACAUGUAGAUGUCUAGCCAUCAAACGACUGCCCCGUCGUUUGAAAUCCACGCAACGUGGCCGCGCUCUUGAAGUUGCAUCUGUCUGUGCCAAAUCUGCGACUCUAGUCUAAUACUCUCUUCACAUUUCAGCAAUUGUCCACCGUUUAUGGAAGUCUGUUCCGUACUAAUUCCAGACCGCAAACCACUUAAAGGUACCAUUACCUUUUUGUGAUUCACAAGGUCGCAUUUCCAGUCCACAAGAACUCCUUGAUGUCUUGAGUCGGUGACCCUCAAGUGAAAACGAAUAGAUCCUCAUGAAUCUUAUUCGUGCGGACCUAAUUGGACUUUCGUCGAUCUCACAGACUUUGUCACUAGUCAUCGAACUUCCUUUGCUCCAGGGGCAGAGUUAGGCAAUUGAACAGGACCCCCGCAAAUAUUUGUACACAGAUACCCCGUAGUUAGGUCCUUCGGUGUUUUUUGCAGGAUCGCCGACUUCUGCACUUGUACGGAUAUGCCGUGGCACAUCUCCAAGUUCCCGCCUUGUCUUUCUCUACCCACAGACAUCCCGAAUUAGGCGUUUUUGUUUGUGUAGUAUUUUAAAGACGCCCUAGACUGGUAAGAAUUUCUGCUGCCCAAAAUUUUCUUCACAGCAAGUGGAUCGUUUUUAUCAUUUUCAGAUUUGAUUCUAAAUUGAGAUCUAUGUUGCGUGCAACUUAUCGAGGUCCGCUGAUCGACCUAUUGCAGGAUGUAAGCGGGCAACUGAGGACAUCUGACUUAUCCAGAAGCAGCGUGGAAUCCCUUGAAAUAGGCAGCGGUGAACUUUCCUAUGUUUUCUGAGCAGCAAGCCCCUGAUUACUAACACCAUCCCAGGUGCCCUUGAUCUUCCUGUUGGUUUUAGUCACCCCAUCGUUUUCCUCACGGGAUUUUUUCGGGACACGACUAAUGCGGCUUACUUCUCACCUUUCCCGUUUUUGGGAGAACUAUUAAGACGUCCAUUUGGGCAAUUGUCAGAAUCGCAUCGUUACUCUCUUCAAAUCAUCCCGGUCGUUGACGCCGUCUGCUAAAUACCGUGAAAUCAUGUGCUAUAGACAAUAGACAUAGACACCCUCCUAUUCGAUAUGCAUUUAGUUAAAAUUGUUGUUCCGCCUAAAAAUUUCCAACAAUUUCCAAGAGACAAUUUUCGCGGUUUGGUAGGCAGUUAGUGUUCGUUCCAAUAUUCCGAACUGCGGAUCGUGUUCGCCAUAGCGUGCCCAACCGUCUCGCCCCUUGACGAUCGUUCAGUUCACUAGUUGCCAAUGAAGUUAACGUGAGAGCUUUAUUAUUAGUUAGUUUACGGAGGUUGUGUUCUACGCGGUGCCUCAGAGUAAGACCAGUUACUUUCUUAUUAACUACUCCAUAAUGGCCGACCUGCCUUAAUUAUUUUAUGAAGGCCACCGAAAAAGAAGAGCUUGCCGGCCUCCAACGUUGGCAAGGUGAAUGCUUGCAAUAUCUCAUACAAUUCGCUCCCGCGUUGUCGCCCCUCAGGUGUAAACCCUGAGGAUUAUGUUCCUCUUAGUGGACAGUAGCAGCUCCGAAGGCUUAAGUCGGCAGUUCUCUCAAUUAAAGAAGGCACUAAGCGUACUGGAGUUUUCUUCCAGAGAUCUGUUCUUUCAGCUUUUUUAACUUUGUGCGCUAGAAGGUUCCUCUGGUGAACCGUUGUGGCCGACGGAUCUGAAUCACAUCCCAUACAAAUGCGUUAUUUUAAUAUAGUUCUGAAAACAGAAGGGGAAAUGUCGGAAGUAGAUGAGCAUAAUAGAAAAAUGCCUUUUAUUUUUCGUCCUUUUCAUCCACUUCUUCGUCUUCGAAAAUGGCCAUCGAUUGAUCACGUUUCUCGAAGUUAAUAUAGUAGGUUUCAAUUUCUUUGGUUAUGCCUUUACUCCCAGAUUUCUCACAAGAUACUACAAUGGACCCUGUUGCUGUUCACUUUUGCCCGAGGUUUUGAGAGUCCUUAGUACUUCGGAAUUUCUGUAUUCCGAUGCAGCCGAUACGCGGAUGACGCCGUGACGAGUGUUAACUUUGGUCCUCAUUUAUAGUUGUCUGUAGUCCGGAAGAGAUGCUGAUAACUACUAAGCUUGAUUUUUGUGGCUCCAGCAAAUUCUCCUGGCUGUCGUUUGCCUAUCGGUAUUCCAGAAUGACAAAACGCCUCUUAUGUAACAUUUUUACUUUCCACCCGUUGUAUACAAUCUCAGUCGCCGCUUUUAAGGAUGUCGCGCCGUUACCUUUUAGGACUGUUGUCAGCAUCGGCAGCUAUAACAGAGAUAGAAGAUGUGAAAUUAUCCUCUGAGACGACUGUUUAUAUGAUCCGCAAUUAAACGGUACUUCCACCGCCAAUUUAUAACUAUGAGGCGUAAUCCGAUUAGCGUGCGGAACUGGAACUCAGGACUUUCCUGGAAUUAUGAAAGCCGGUUGCAUCUAAACCGAUAUCAUUUGCUACCUCAGGCAUACCUGCUUGGCCCAUUCGGACGCCAUUAAAGUGAUGUGUUGACGUACCGACCGCCACGUCGGCUCAGCCCUCAACAUAUAGCGAUCCACACUGCUGUUAUAUGACAACAACAAUUGACCAACUAUAGUUUUCGGUCAAUAGUUACUACAGGGUUUGAACAUAAUCCCUUUUUCUGUACGUCGUUAAGUAGGAUUACCUCUUAGUUCGAUUUCAUUAUUCCGUACCAGGCAUGAUGGAAAUCCCAGGAGGAUAGUGUCCUCAGGUGUCUGAUUGAUGGACUCCGUCAUCAAAGACUAGCUGCCAAUUAAGCAAGCUCACCGGUUUGAAGAAUAAACAUUCAUCGACUAUUUCAGUAGUAUGUGCAAGUGGGGCCAGACAUCGGUUUACUCAAUUAUUUGCCUACAGCAGCUCAGAAACCAUAGCAGUACUAUAACAUGCCGAAUGCUGUCCACCAUCCAAUAAAACUUUAUCCGCCGUCGUACCACUCCAUGCUGCAACGUUUAACUGAUGUGCCAAAGGAAUGGGUGGAGAUGUUCACUUUCGUUUCUAGGUGCGAGAGGGGACCAUCCCUCGACAAUACCGCUCUACGCCACUGCUGUCCGGCGAGUCGCGGCUUAAACGAGCUUCCGAACAACUGGAGGACUUGGACUCAUGACCUCUGCUUGAACUUGGCGAGGGCCGAUGACGCCGAGAGCCUCACUUUCCGACUCAGUUACAUUUAGUACUCGUUCAAAUCAUGCGAAAAGGCUUUGGUUUACGGAAUAGGCCAACUCCGUUUUGCAAACAAAGGAUAUUGCGUGUUCUUUGUGGGUUCCGUCAGCUGUACAAUAUGUUUAAGUCAGAGACUCAGACACUUUACCUUAAAUUCUCAAGUUUUUUAUUCGUUGGCUUAUGUAUUAAUUUUUUAUUUUUAGAAAGGUCCUGUUUUGAAUAUGGUCAAGUCCUUCAAGCCCUCUGCGAGGGCAUCGAGUGCUUUCUUCGGGAUUACUGGAUUCUCCUCUGUCAGCUGGAACGUCAAUACGGCAUCAACCAGUUGGGCAUCUCCAGAUUGCUCUUUCUCCUUCAGGUGCACUUACAUACACAGUUUACUCUAGAGUCUAGUACUAUGCUGAUUUCAACUAAAUUGAAACACCUUUCUCGUCCAGGAAACCGGUUAUCUGUUCACUCACGUGGCCCGCCUAGUCACAAACAUCAGUACGGGCGGUUGCACUGGCGGUGCUGCUCUUUCUCUCAUCCAUGAGAGUCUUCGUUCCACCGCAAGUCUUGAUCAAGUGCACGACUGCAUGGUCUUCCUUAUGCGCUCAGCAUGUGCGCCCUUCUUCGAGAUGCUCAAGAAGUGGAUCUACCGUGGUGUGAUAUGCGACCCCUACGGCGAGUUCUUCAUCACUGCUGCUGACACAGCACUCUCCAAGGAGGUGCGAGGUCGCGAAACGCUUCCUUCGCAUAUAGCCGCUGCGCAGGACUACAUUGAUUGUGCCUUCUUUUGGGACCAAAACUAUACGAUCGUGCGGACACAGUUACCGGCCUUCCUGGAAGCGCGUGCAGAGAAGAUUCUCAAGACUGGAAAGUAUCUAAAUGUCGUGCAACAAUGCGGUAAGUUACGUUGGAUAUCGUCUUGACAAUUGUCUGCCUCCUAUCAGUUACCUUUUGCAGUGGCAAUACAACUCGCAGCUGAAUUUUUAUCUUGCCUUUUUAGACAAUUCAACCAAGUUUUGCGACCCGGAAGAGAUUACUUUUUCCGAGACUGAUCAGCAGUUCAUUCAUCAAAUUGAUCGAGCCCAUGCGUUUGCUAGCAAAAGUUUACUCCAACUCAUUAUCAACCAAAGAGACCUCAAAGGCCUGCUGAAGUGAGUUAGAUCUUUGUUAGAAAUCCAUUUCUAUUUGCCAAUAUACUGACCCGUCUCGUGACUAGGAGCUCAUUGUUCUUUGCGAGAACCAAUUUUCGUUAUCAGCAAUGAUUUUAUGUUUUCUAGUUUGUCUAAAUUGCGUUUUUAAGAGGCGGCUGACCAUACCCCGGUACAGGUACUGUCUAACUGUCCAGGCCAAUGUUUCACCGAACUUGUAGAACUGUCUGAGACAGUUGUUAGGGUUUUGAUCCAUCGAUGGACCCCCAUAUGUUCUCUUUAUGAUUCCUUCGCAUAUUUACAAAAAGUUGUUAAUGACUGGGAAACCGGUCAGAAUAUGUCAACCAAAACACCUGGCUAAAGAUGAAAGACCUUCACUCACAUAAAAGCACGAAGGAAAUGUUAAAAUUGACCUUACACUGAUUAUAAACAAUAUUUCUACCGAAACCGCUAAAGUUAUGUCAAAUGAGCAAAGUUAAUUUUCAGGCAAACAACUGAAUACACGGAAGGGCAUAAGCACAACUACAUUUGUGAAAGCCGUCUUAACCAAUGUUACGGUCAAAUAUUCUCCAAUAAGUAGCAUAAUAUGCAGAAUGGAAGCCAGUCGACUCCUCUAUGUUUAGGUACUUUUCUAACUGAUAUGCAGGAAAUAAGGUGACAGUUUCUGGUUUUUGCACAGUUUGGCAUGCGGUCGACCUAGACGAAGGUUAGUUAGUUCGAUUAUUAAGGACGUCGCACGAAUGAGUUUUCAUAAGGUCGUAGGUCGAGGCGUUUGAUCGUGACUAAAAAGUUAGAAUAUAAUGGGCAGGUGUAAUGACAAUGUUUCUUUCGUAAAAUGAGUAUGUACUCUCGGAGAACGAUAGAGUAUCAAGGCGUCCUCGAGAUGUCAAUGAAUGCUUUGCAGCAGUUUUUCGGCCUUCCACCCACCCACCAAGUCAGGAUAUUGGAUUUUUGUUUUGUCGUCGGAGUUUGUUGCCAUCCUCCCACCGUGAGUACCUGCCCACGUACAUCGCGAAUCAGUAAGACGCGAACUUAUGUGCGAAGGCGCGAAAAGAACCUUGAAGGUCGACCUUAGAGAGGCUACCGGGACUAAGCAACACCAAAUCUCAGAAAAACUAGGUUUCGUUGACAAAAACUUCAAAUAACUCAGUAGUUUUGAAAUAUGAGAGGAGUCGUCUUCAUUUCGUCCUGCAAUCAGGACUGGCGGACACCACUUUCCAGUCGCAGGCGAUAGGGCGCUGACGCAUGGUUUCAGUUGCAGGACGUUUUGCUCAGAUUCUGAAUGGCCAGCUAACCCGUGUCCGAAUCCACGGCUUUCUUCGCCUGAGACCUGGAUGAACCUGAUUGACGACAACCAUUAAACCAGAGUCUUAGUUUCCCUUAUCUUCGUUGGUAGCAUUUACCAGGUAUUUUGGGGCAGUCCGCAGUAGAAAACUAUUAAUUACGCACACUGUUUUAUUAUCUCAUAUUCGGAAAUCGAAGGUAUAAUUUUUUAAACAGUCAGAAGGCUGACUGUUUAAAAGUAAGUUAUUAUACCCCCCGGGCUUCUUACCGUCAUCCUUACCGAGGAUGGGAGAAAGGAAGUAAACGAGUGAAACUGCAAACCACUGUAAGUGAGACCACCACCGACCUAUUACAUUGCCUGAGGGUUUCUUCAAGCAUAACGUCCCCUCGCGCCUAAGCUCACUUCUGACUGCAUCUGGUCACUGACGGUCUGAUUCAGUUUCUCUCUUCUGGCGAAAGGAAAUCGGCGUCCGUGUUGUUCUCCGUUGGACUCCCCCUUGUUGUUGUUGUUGCUGUUGAUGAUGAUGGUGGUGGUGGUGUUGAUGAUGAUGAUGAUGGUGGUGGUGGUGGUGGUGGUGGUGGUGAUGAUGAUGAUGAUGAUGAUGAUGAUGAUGAUGAUGGCGGCGGCGGUGGUGGGGGGCAUUGCGAUUCUGGCUGGAAUGAGACCUCCUUAAUUCCCUCACUCGUGUACUAUCCCCUCUUUCCCACAAAUUGUCCUUUUUGGUGGAAAGACAAACCAACCGAUAUGCUUUUUGUUGUAGAUCUGUGAAGCGCUAUUUCCUACUUGACCAAGCCGACUUUAUUGUGCAUUUUAUGGAUGCGGCUGCGAGUGAAUUAAGGAAACCAAGCUCACGUUAGUUUGUGCAUUUUCUGCUUUCUAUUGCCUGAUGCAUUGUCUAAUCAGACCUGCAUAGUUUUAUCUGUGUCAUCUUUCUUUUAGUAAUAUCAGUUCAACAUCUGGAAUCUCUAUUGGAGUUGGCUCUUAGGACGAGUUCCGCAGACUCGGACCCCUACAAAGACAACCUUCGGUACCCUUUUCUCUCUAAGCUUCUGCCCCUUAGCAUUAGUCCCCUGAGAGGUUCAUCUGUCCGCUUAGUUUUUGACUGCUGUGUAACAAGUAGUACACUUCAAACACGUACAAACACGCUACUUAAUACCUCUAAUGCAGGGUUUAAAUUCGUUUCGCAAGAAAAUACGUAGUCUUUGUAGGGCUCUAGGACUUCUUUUCUACAUCAUUCUAAAGUGGUAUGGAUAUAGACUGUCUCAAGUCCGUUAACGACACGGCUAGGUCUCGUCCUCCAAAUCUUUGGGAUUUGCACUUUUCUCGCCCGACGCCAAGACAUUUCGUGACAUCGCCACCUAUUCUAGACUUUCUUUUACAUUCGGCGGGUUUUAUGAGAGUCCCUUAUAAGGACCGGGUGUUUUAGACGUUUGAGAAUGUAACAUUGCAGUAGAUAGCAGUAUCGAUAUGUGCUACUCUGUUUUGUUCUCUCAGAGUCGGCCACUUAAACGUCCGGUAGAAGCGAUAGAAGUACCUGCUUUGUUCAAUUCAUUAAGCUUUGUUUGCUGUAGAGGUAAACGUGGAAAAUGAUACCAGCUUUCCAUAGUCAUUGUUUGCAGUCACCCAGAAGAUUACUUAGGUGGCAUGACCUUGGAGCCACUGACAACAGUUCGUACAAAUUAGUCGCUUUUGUAAAGUCUCGUCUUGCAUAAGUUUACAGUUUGUGUUUCGACAAAGGUUAUGCUUUUGAGGCGUUGACUGGGGCACAUGCAUGUUCAAAUGUCCGAAGAUUUCUAAAUCCCAUUGAAAGUUAUGCAAGUGUUUCCAGCUAUGGAACAACAUCUCGUGAGUUUUUUGGGUACCCCUCCAUAGCAAAAUGAAGUGGAUCCCGAGGGUGCCUUCGUAAACAUGCAGACCAUAUAAAUUGGAAAUCAUAAGGUAUGUAGGAAGCGCCAGUAUCUCAAAUUUUAUUAACAUAAGGACUAUGUAAAACUGCUUAUCUGUUCAGUAGUGAUUAUUCCUCCGAGCAGUUAAGCGGGGAUUUUUGCCACAGAGAGUCAGCCUGCCAUAACAUAAGAACUAAUAUGGAAUCAUGCGCUGUAUUUGUGCCCAUUGCAAUGCCAUUUGAGUAACCGCCUCUAUCGGACAACCUCAACGCCAUCUGUAGAUGUCCUUUGGGUGCCAUGCUGUGGUCGGACUUGACUUCCGGUGCUAAAAGGUGGAAUGUCUAAGGUUCCUAGUGAGGUCUCCUGCGAAAUGUCAGACAUCUUGCACUUGAAGUCGACGAGUCUUACUCUCAACAAAAGUACUCAUUUCCCCUAAGCUGAUAUUGACCAUCAUCUUUUACCUCUUACCUUUUUAGAGUAUCUGCAGCAAACUGCGACCUCAUAACACAAAUGCUCAACGUUCUCCAGGUUGCCGCCGAGGGCCGCCCACGUAAGAUCUCCCUUUUUGCAUUGCCACGUCACAUCCUGUCUAUGUCUUUUUAAUCGCUAUCUGAAAAAUACUCCUUCCAUGACAAUGGAAAGCUCAGCGGGGCCUGUGUCGACCGAUCGUAUUGGCUAAUCGGCCUCCUGACAUUCGGAGAGGUCAGCAGGGCUGUAAUGACGGAGUUAGUCUUCGCUGGACUAAAGCUCCUCCUUUGGAAGCUCAAAGCAUAGACACCAGGUGCGAGUGGAAAGGAAAUUUCCGUGUCUAGAAAUGCCCUCACACUACUAUCCAUAUAGUUCCUCUCGUGAUCAAAAAAGACCAAGACGGGAGUUGUUAACGCUUUUCUGACCUUAACCGCAUUUGUUAUUCCUAGCAGCCAACUGCGAAGUGAUACCGCAGCGGCAUGCUAAAGAUACACAUCCACCUCAUUAUUUCGCUGGAAGGCGAUCGGUACUUCAUCGAAUGGGGGCGAGACGUCUGGGCACUCAGACGACUGCUCACUUCUACUGAGGUCCAGCACACUUAUUGAGUGGGCAACCAAACUUGGCCUGUUUCGUCUACGGGAAUGCAUAUCGCUCUACCGGUAGGACUUGGAUAGUGUAGACGGAGUCGGUGUUUGCGGGGGGGGUGUGUGCAUAAAGAUAAAUUGCGAUCGAAUUAAAUUUUAGUGGCAAUGACUCCUGCGACACUGGCUUGACACUCCCCCACGGGACGCGGUCAGCGCCACUGCGGAUGGUUUUGGGACACAAUGGCUGCUGUGGCACUAAGCCCAGUCUGUGAAUGUCACAAAGUGUCUGCUUCAUCUCUUCUGAGUGAACUAGCCUACACCCAACUUUCCAAGUGGGGGGUUCUGUUGCUGUCCUCCUCCGUUUUGCCAACCAGUUUAAAUAAUUACUGAGGUCUGGCCACUGCCCUCAACACAGCUUCCUGGAGCCACAUGUGUGAUCCGAAUAUCGGGUACUAUCAAAAGAGGGUGACCAGCUCUUGCUGCCGAGCACUUGAUGCAACUAUCAACUCAUCGAUAUUGAUGCCCUUUUCCUAUUUAUUCUAAAAUUCACCUUCAGAUUAAUUGUUCACCUGAAAUCACUCUCAAUGUUUGUAUAGCUCAUCACGCCCCGGACAUCAUGGCGACCAGUAACCUGAGCCAUUGGGCUCCAAGCAGUUAUUAACCACGAGUGAUAGCAUGCCUUGUCUUUUGCCCUUUAGCGGAAACUACUCACGACCUGAACCCUACCGGCCUGGAGGCUUUCUCGCUUGACUACAAAGUGGACUGGCCUGUCAGUCUCGUAAUCAACCGCCUGGUCUUAGACAGAUACCAGAUGCUCUUUCGUCACUUGUUCUACUGUCGGCAUGUUGAACGGCACCUCUCAACGUAGGUCUCAUCGCUCUACGUUGUACUUAGCCGUAUGAAGAUGCUACACUUGUGAAAAUUCUGCUUCUGAUGUCCACUGUCAUUCAUUUUGCCCAUUUAUUCACUUCGUUUUGUCAAGUCUCGUUUUUCUAGUUGGAGUUUGUAUCUACAGUAGUAGUUCGCAUCGUUGAUUACUAGAACCUUCAUUCUUACUUGUAGUUCGUUUACUUCGAGUCAACGACUCCGUCCUUUUCCUUUUUGUGUACACGGCAAUAGUUUUCGCGUGCACUUAGCCAAGUUGCCAUUUGUGCUGGAUAAAAAUUUGAUCAAGGAACUCUCUGAGGAUGUGGCCGUCGGUAACUUCUUGGAGUUUAAUAGAAUCAAAGGGUCAUUAAGAUCGAUGUCUUCUGGCAUUCAGUAGACCUCUUCUGUGAAAAGGAAACAACCUUUCAUAUAAUUGUGCAAUGUGUUUACUUGGGCGAUGAAAUCCGCGAAAAGGAGAAUGCUACUGAAAUUGUCGGCGCCGCAGAUGAGGACCAAUGUCAAAACCUAGAACGAUGUCGGAGGGGAGUGAUAGUCGUUUCAGCACCCAUUCUGGCUUGCUGUGCCUGGCGGUGAUUCAUACUAUUAUUGCCGUUAUUAGUCCUCAUUCUCAAACAAGCAAGAGCUUUUCGGAUUGGUAUGGGGAGAUAAUUCACAUGGAACAACUGGACAACACGUAUUGGGAAAACGGAAAACCUUCGAGCAAAUGCACCCACAAGUGCACAUUUUCCCAAAGUCAUCAAGUUUUUAAUUAUAGCGUAACAACACCUCAGUCUCCGAUAUGGAUUGCACAUGACCAGCGAGGAAGACAUAGACUGUGGCGACCGGCUGGAAAAAUUGUAAUCCACAUUCAAGCCUGCCAGCAGUGCUUCACAUACCAACUUUCCAAAUCCACCUAAGCAGUGCCUUUUGAUUCUAGUCCGUCUAAGAAUUUUAAUGGGCCUUUCUUGCUUUUCGAUCUCAACCGGGAUUUGCAGAUCCACCCCCGCCGCUCACUACCCCUGUUCCUACUUGCUUUACUGUAUACCAGGUGAAAUCCCAUUCAACUUCACGAAUGCCUGCAUGAACAGUUGGGACAUUACUCAUACACUACUGCACUUGCCUGGUGCUCCACUAGUGUACUCGCCUGCGUAAUCCUUCCGAGCUCGUGGUGCAACAUGCCAUUUUCAUGAGCCACUUCCAAAUUAACUUUAUGACCUUUUUGUUUCAGCCCACUGUUUUAUAACGGACCGUAUUUAAAUCGGUUAGAAAACGCUUACCUGUCUAUUUGAUACCAUCAAUUACUUCAGUAACGUGAAUGUGCUGCUGUUUCUGUCCCAAACACUUGUUUCCAAUUUACUCCCUGUUUGCGUUUGCGUUUGAAGCGCACGUGAACGUAAAUCCCUGGUAUUCUUCCCAAAAUAAUUCCCCAUUACUGCUUUCCUGACAAUUUAUCAGGUCCUGGGCCAUGCGGAAGGCUGCUCGACGGGCUAAUACUCCUGCAGCGCUUAAAUUGAACAGUGCAUUUGUUCUCAGCCAACGCAUGCUCACAUACAUCCAGCAUUUUCAGUGUUACAUGACUUUUGAAGUGAUCGAACCGACUUGGCACCAAUUCUUCCAAUACCUUGACAAGGUAAGCUUCCCCCUACUGUUUUGAAAACCCAAAAAUAGUACGACUUAGAUAAUUGCAGUAAGUACAUAAACUUGAGCAUAAUUGCAGGCUGACAACAUUGACGACCUAUUGGACGCACACAUGCGCUGCCUCGAGGUCUGCCUCGACGAUUGUCUUCUCACGAGUCCCGAUCUCCUUGCCGUCGUUGGCAAACUCAACGUGGUGUGCGUCAAUUUCGCCAACUUCCUCAAUAAAAUGUCCGCCAGUUUCCUGGACGACACGUGCGAAUCAAUGCCAAUGAGCAGUGCAGCCUCCAUGAUGAGUGUGUCGGCGCGGGGACUCGGCACACGAACCCUUAAUCAGCAGCACCCAUCUACGCUCAGUCGCGGGGGCUCCACCUCCUCCUCUGACUUGAGCAUCGCCGCCUCCUCCACCUCUGAUGUCCGAAAAAAGGUGACUUCCCCCCCCCCCCUCCGUACUCACCCUUCCCAUGCUAGUCGUUCGUCCGCCGUUUACACUUCGUUGUUUUCUUCAGGUUGCUGCCUCUGAUCUGGGCAGCGUUGUUUCGCAGCAGAGCUUUACCGAGAUCAUCGACACAUUCGACAACAAAUUCAACACCCUGAUUGUCGAACUUCUCUCCAAAAUUCGCCGGCCGACGGCGCUUCAGCGUAGUAAACUGCUCAGUCUGGCAGCUCGGUAGGUUGACUCUCUUGUACCUCAUGAACAAUCAUUUGACGUCUCUGACGAUGUUGUUGCCUCUUUUUGUACGCCUUUUUACACUCAAAUGUUCCCUAACCACGAGUUUGUACAAAUUUCUCUACCGUUCUUGCCUGCUGGCGUUCAUGACAGUGGGUGGUUCAGCUCACAAAACACUGACACAAUUUUUCGGUCUGCUUUCUGAUGAAAAGGACAACUUGGGCGCAGUUUCACGCCCGUUCCACAGAGAGCAUAAUUCCAAGUAAAUUCACACACGAUACUAUGCAGGCUUUUGAAUGGACGUCCUUCCAGUCACAUGUGCCGCUGUCAUUCGCGCAGUUUGUCAAAUAUUGCGUAUUUUCCCCACAGACUUUCUCGGCGUGUAUAUGGUUAAUCAUGCUAUGUAGAAAGAACACACGAAAUAUUCGUUUCUUUUACUUAUUUUGCAGAAGAUUGUGUUGUCUCCAAACCGCACACGUGAAGAGAGUGUUUUUUAAAAGCUUUGUAAAUAUGAGCACUUUGAGGAUUUCGCGUGGUCGUUCAUGCGGCCUGACACUAUCAGGUUUGUUAAUGUCGCUCACAAACAAUGCAAUGUGAUCCAUAUUUACUGCGAUUGCUAUGUGAGCACCAGGGACAUGCUGAUUUCUGCGAACGCGUCUCCGAUGCAAUACAUAGCACGUCCUUUGAAGGCUUAGUGAUCAAAUAUAACAUCGGCUUGCGUUUAUAAACGUGCUAAAAUGUGUAAACUUUUUAAAAUUGAGUUAUUUCCAUCAUUCAAACACAAAAUUGGAGUAUGUAAUUCCCUGGAAAAGACGCAAAAACGAAUUUUUUUCGAAUUAUUUUUACGAAAACGUUUUUAAAGAAAAAAUUCACUACUUAAGUGGUCAUUUUUUCUCCAAGUGACAUUUUCAAAGGUGACUGGAGGGGCGCUCAUUAGCCUCUGUCCUCUUUCGGGAGGUUCGCCAAUGAGACUGUGAUGGCCACGUGCGGCUUACCUGUCCUUUUCGGCCAGGCAUGUCCCAAUGCCCACACGGAAUGAUGUAAAAGCUGUAUCCGGCUCAGCAGGUUUUGUAGCCUAAGGCCAAAGUAACAGAUUAGCUGAUCCAACCUUAGUCUGCUGCAGCCAGAGCUAUUUAGUCAGGUGCAGGACGACGUUGACCGAAUUGGGAUGUGGCCGACGGAAAACCGUAACCUAACUCACAUUGAUCGUUCACUUCUCCUUCAUCUUUACCAAUAAACCCCUGGAUUAUUGAGAGCUUAUUAAGCAGGGACCAUCUGUGAAGUCGAACCUGAAGUUAUGAGUGUACCCGAAGGCCUUAUUUUGACCUGCAGUGUAGCCAUUACAAUAAAUAGCACUCUCAAAUUACUUUAAACCCGUUUGGUUCCUACAACGAACACAAGCCGCCACGUUACUUUUCCAUGGGAAGAAAAAGGGGUAAGGUUGAUCCUGCAGCUGCAGUUUACGAGCGUCAUACGGUCAACCUACUUAAUUAUUUUUGCGUAUGCGAGAUUACGUUCGAAUAACAUAUUUGAAGGCAGGGCUCCAGUUCGAGGUGAAUUUAAAAACGAACUUCUGAGAUGGCCUAAUGAAUGCGCUUGACUCUAUUUCUGUUUGUGUUCUCUUUCCUUCCUAAUCCGGCGCGUAGAUAGGAUGAGUACUUCAAUGGCACUGCUCGUACUGCUUAAUGCCUGCGCUAUCUCUCCUACCCACUCGCGCGUGGCUAGGCUAGAUGCGUCAGCGGCACUGUUAGGACGGAGUCUGCGCUAACCUAGCUUCCAUUUGACCAUGUGGUCACUUUCCUUCCUAAUCCGGCGGGUGGCCAGGCUACGUGCGUCAACGGAUCUACUCCUUUCCGACCCCACUUCGGUGAGUGCGUACGGCCAGGUUACGUCGUCGAAGGUGCGUCAGCGGGGCGCUCUGCGGGCUUUGCCUAUAGGAAGAAUGCCGUUGACGUAUUCAAAAUAACUUACUGCUUGUUGACCGUCAUUAGCUGGAUACCAUUCUCCUACGUGCCUUGGGGAAGUUUCCCCAAAUUAGCUUCACCUCGUUCAGGAGUGCUUUCGAGAACACACCCCGCCGACUUGUGUACCAUUCCACUGUUACCGUGCAGUUUAUGCCAGCAGAAGUCGCACAAUGAAUGACUUUAACUCCUUCGAGAAAAGCCAGACAGGUUUUCAUUAUCUUCAGCAAUGUCUGCCUGCUUUUGACAAACACCACCUCAGUCCACGGUGCACACUGCUCUGCAUCAACCGCAUCUAAAACCAUGCCUUCUUGGGUAUACUGAAAUUUCCAAACGUAUAUCCAUCCGCAUGCUGUCUUAAUAUUUGCAGUGUCAUUGGUCUGCUGCAUUGGGAUAUUUUCCUCGAUAUAAGCAGUCCUUUUUCUUGAAAAUGCUGCACACGGUGAGACGAAUUGAUUGCCUCCUGAACUUAAGUAAAUUCAGUGGGUUUGUCUAACUGCGCGUCCCCCUUCUGCGCGGUUUGCUCGCCUACGGUCUGCAAAUGAAAUACUCAAAAAUAUUUAAUCGUCAGGAUUUUAUAUAUCCGCUUUUAAAACUCGGGACUGCGCAAUGAAUUAGCACUCUCAACAACUGACUUCACGGUUUCAUGGGCUAAUACAUCAUCUUAGGUAUUCCUCUUUUAAAUUAAAAUUUAUCUGACACACUUACGUUACUUCAAUUGCGCUACUGCUUCCCAUGACAAUUUCUUCGCUUUGAUCUGCACCCUUGUCUCGAUUGCCCCUCAUUUUCUUUGACCAUUUUGCGAAGCGGCCUUGGCAAUGCGUUCUCACUUCCCAUCGGUUGCCAGCCUUCCCGUCGCACUUUUUCCUCAUACUGAACACUACAGGAGCCUCUGCAAACUGUUCUAUGUAACCUUUUGAUUUUUAUAUUACUCAUUCAAAUGUAACAUCUGUUAAACCAUCUUCGCCUGUUCGAAUUUGGUUCCCUUUGCCUUCUAACAUUUCCGCCUUUCCCGUGGCCUGGCCCCGCCCUUAAAACCCAUAUUACCACCAUUCCCGCAUUAAAGGCACCUAGGGUUCCCCUACCACCGGUGGGGCUGCAGGACCAAACCCGACCGAAAAAGGCUAAGAUCAUUAGAAUUCUAGACGAAAACACUAACCAUAUCAACUACCAUAUUAGCUAUUGACUUAUGAAGUCUAUGUUGAGUCCUGAGCUGCUAGAGUUCGCCGAAGGCUGUUUAUCAUCCACUGUUCAGUAUAAGUUGGCGACUUCCUCUCCUGAUAGCUUGGCUUCAGUGAAAUAGUUGCAUUUAACAAACCGUGCUGGUUUUGGGCAGUAAGCAUAUACACAUUAAAAUAGGCUACCUCAGGAUUGACCUCUACGAAUCUUGUUUAUGACGAAAGCGUUCUGUAACGAUGGCACACUGGAAGUGAAUGCAGUUAAAAUCAGCUCAUCAGCCUUGUUCACAAUCAUAAGCGGUAUGCAGCCGCAGUCGAUGACACUUAUGCUCUGUCCGAAUUAUUAAUAAUGCCCUCUCCCUCCGAUUUCACACCCCUUCCACAUGUCAAUCAUCCCGUCUCAUUCAUAAAUCUGUCCGACCUGUCAACCGAGGACAACCCGAACUAAGAGGCCAUCAGGCAGUACGCACCGCUGUUAAUAAUGUGACGUCUUAAGCAAUGUUUUGUUUUCGAUGCUAGGUUGGACUUCAACAAUUUCUACAUGCAAUAUCCUACGCCCAGCCGACUACGCGCCAGCACCUCCCUCUCCGACUUCGGCCGAUGCCUCACUGACACUGCUUCCCUGUCUGGCGGUUCGGCACUUUCCAUAGACUACCGUGGCAUCCCUCAGAGUGCAAAGCCAGGUUCCCAGCGUCCCCCACCAACGGCCUCCCUUCGGCGUAUUGCCGGUGAGACUUCGGGCGAGACGACACCCCCCGCGGCCUUUACGCGUCCGCGGCUCGCACGAACGCCCUCCGCACUGGCCGUUAUCGAUCGCAGGAGCGCGAGCUCCUCGCGGAGAUCCCACAAGAAUAGUUUCAAUUGCUGA